AUGUUUCAAGAAUCUCAGGGAAUGCCGACAGGGCCGCCUCCAGCCUACGAAGCGAUCGUGGCUUCGAGCCAAAGAACUCCGGCUCAGGAGAAGGCUACGAGCGAACGAUCUCUGGCCCUAUCAGACCAAAGCUACUCUUCCGUAGACGAAAACGAUGAGAUCCUACAAACCGCUCUCGACUUCAGCCAUCACGCUCCAUCAGCUCAAAUCUCCCGCCAACGACUUCCCGGUCCGGUCGCUAUACCGCAAACUGCUGGCGCUACAGGAAUGCCUUUCAUCAGAGCCUACGCCCCCGUCCUACAGAGCCAUGGGGUUAGCAUGAAGGAGUUCGUAGAAUUUGUUGACAACUUCAAUAUCGUCUCGGCUAGCAGUCCACCACUUCAAGUCCUCGACCUUGCCAGUGGCGCGAUCGGCAUGAUACCCAUGGGCCACGCUCAGGCCAUAUCAGCGGGUGUACAAGCUCUUGUGAAGAUUGGUGAUGCCGUGCAGAUGAAGACGAGAGCAGGUUUAUUCGUCAAGAAGAGUAAUACUGAUUUCUUCCAUCCUCGGGGUCUUAAGCUGGAGCUGUUGACUAGUGCGGCUUUGAAGGCGAAGCUUGGGAUGGAUCCUGCGACUCCGAUUGCAGGGGAUAUUGGGCAGAGCGAAGGACUGAAUGCCACCGAGCGGAAGCUUGCGGGUCUCCAGGGAGCUAUCGCGCCGCUAGUCUUUGAUGUGCCGUCGCCGAAUGAGCCGACGAAUGUCUUGGGUAAGAUUACUGCGAAGCAGCAGGUCAGUAAUGCUAAGCGAGCAGACAAGAAAGCUCUGAAGUCUAGGGAGAAGUAUGUCGAGAUGUCCCAGGAUGUGGAUGAGAAGCUUCGCAAAAGAACCGAGAAAGUGGAGGAAGAAUACGAGAUGCUUGAUUGCGAACGGGAGAAGAUCGAGCGGAAGCGGGAUAGGGAGAUGGAGAAGGUGGCGAGGAAGGAAAAGGAUGGUCCAAAGUGGGCGAGGGAGGAAGGCAAGGUGAUGAAGGAAUUUGAGAAGGAUAUGAGGAAGUUGGAGGAGGAUCAUGAGAAGGUGAGGGAGAAGUAUGAGGGGAAGGUUGGGAAGAGGGAGGGGAAGCGAGUCAAGAAGGAUAAGGAGGCGAGGAGGGCGGAAAAGGGGGUUUGGUUGGUGAUUGACAGUAUAUGA